AUGGCGGAGGACUUAAUUCUAAAUGAAGAUGUUAACACAGUGAAUUCUUAUUGCAAUAUUGGAAUAAACACAUUUGAGGAACAAACAAAUUUAUAUGAGGAGACGAUGGAUGAUUUGGGAAGAAAACGAAUAAGAGAUGAGGAAAAUGGUGGUGAAUGGCAACAAGUUGUAAGUCACACGAAGAAAAAAACAAAAAUAAUGGAUAGUUCAGAGAGUGAUUUUAUACAAGUUUGCAUUACAGGCAAGAAUAUGUUACCGAAGGCGUUUACUUUAGCAAAAUUAUUCCGCGAACAAAAAAUUUUGGAUGUUAUAAAAGUAAAAUACAUUAAUCCAUAUAAAAUUAACGUAAGUUUCAGUAAUGAAUCUAGUGCGGAAAAGUUAAUAGCAUGUGAGGAAUUUAUAAAAUUGGAAUGGAGAUUUCAAAAAAGCUGGGAAGUUGGAUUAUCAUUUGGUAUAAUUAGAAAUAUUGAUACAGAGUUGUCUGAAGAAGAAAUAAUAAAAAAUAUUUCUUGUGACUUUGAAAUAGUUGUAGUUAAAAGACUAAACCGUCGAUUCGAAAAAGAAUGGAUUCCUAGUGAUACUGUUAAGAUUGGAUUUAAGGGUUCUAAUCUUCCUGGAUAUAUUUACAUACUAGAUCUUAGAGUGAAAGUAGAACAACAAGCCGUUCAAGGAAUAUCUAGAGGAAUCGAAGCAGUUUGUGUUAAGAUUUUAAAUUGUCCUCAAAUUAAUAAUAUAUACUCAAUAUACUGCCCUAAUGGUAUUAACACGGUACAAAGAGACUGGGAAUAUCUUUUUUCUCUAGCUGAAAAUUUGUUCCUCGACCCUAUUGGUCUGUUGAACUCUCUAGAGCUGUGGCUAUCCGCCGAAUUGCUCUUAGAAAUUUUCGACGCAAUCCCACACCUCGAAAUU